GACCGAGCGCGUUACAGCGCUGCCGUGGCAUACUGAGACGGAUACGGUCACCAUGGACCGAGCGUAGCAUCCAUGUACCAAACGGCGAGUACACUUAAGGAAUCGUCAUUUGCUCGACACUUGACCUACGCGCUUGUUAUUACAGCUAGGAUGUCUGUGACCAAAUCCUGCCUGUUCAUCGCUGAGCUGUGGAUCUUCUGUUCAGUCGUGGACAUGACCAGCGGCUACCAGAGGGAACAGCGCAGGCUGACAGAGGAUGUGGACUGGUCUUACACAGGGGCCCUGAACCAAGGCCACUGGGUGCGGAAGUUCCCAUCCUGUAGUGGUGCCAAGCAGUCGCCCAUCGAUAUCGACGAGGACUUCACCCAGACCCAGGUCCAGUACCAGAACCUACAUCUCCAGAACUGGGAGCAGCUCACAUCCGACUCCACCAUCACAAACAACGGGAAAACAGUGAUUGUGGAGAUGAAGGGUCAGUACUACAUCAGUGGUGGAGGGAUACACUCUCGCGUUAGAGUGGCUCGCAUCACCUUCCACUGGGGGCGCUGUAACGCCACGUCUGAUGGCUCCGAGCACAGUCUCAGUGGAAACAAGUUCCCCCUGGAGAUGCAGAUCUACGGCUAUGAGGAGUCCAGGUUCGCGACCUUAGACGAGGCCCUGGACGCCGGUGGACGGAUCACGGCACUGGCUGUUCUCUUCGAGGCCAGCAUUGAAGACAACGAGAACUACGCUGCCAUAAUUGAAGGGGUCAGCAGCGUUUCAUUUUUAGGUAAGAGUAGCACUUUGGGUGCCUUCUCUCUGCUCCAUCUGUUACCACAGUCUACAGACAAAUACUUCAUCUACAACGGGUCUCUCAGCAUUCCCCCCUGCACAGAGACGGUGGAGUGGAUCGUGUUCAAAAACACAGUGCCCAUCUCAGAAACACAGCUGGAGGUGUUCUGUGAUGUGAUGACCACACAGCAGACUGGCUAUGUCAUGCUGACAGACUACCUGCAGAACAACUACAGGGAACAGCAGCAGUUUGUGGGCCAGGUGUUCUCCUCCUACACGGGCACAGAGGACGUCCACACACCCAUGUGCAGCUCAGAACCUGAAAACGUCCAAGCCGACCCGCAGAACUACACCAGCAUCAUGGUGAUGUGGGAGAGGCCGCGUGUCGUCUCCGACACCAGCAUUGAGAAAUACUCCGUCACCUACCAGAGACUGCAGGGCACAGACCCACCCAAACAGCAGUACCUGACUGAUGGAGACCAGGACGUGGGAGCCAUCAUCCACAACCUGCUGUCCAACAGCAGCUACGUUGUCCAGGUGGUGGCGCUGUGUACCAAUGGCCUGACUGGCCGAAUGAGUGACCAGGUCAUAGUGGACAUGCCACUGGAAGACCCUGAAAAUGACCCUGAUCCUGACCCUGACUCAACAGAAUCGGAAGAAUACAUUGAGGAGACUUUCCCAUCCCCGACCAUUAAGGUCAGGACGCCAAAGAAGCCCCAGGGUUCUCCAGGGUUCUCCUCCUCUGUAAAGAGCUCCGUACAUGUCACCAUGGUGACCGAAUCUCCAGGCUUUCUGGUUCAAGCUAAAAAGGCGACCACUGCGCCCGUACAGCUGAGGCUCACAGAGGAGACUUCAUCAUCCUGGUCACCUGAUCAGAGGAUGGCAGGAAGCCACACCAAGCAAUCAAUCAACCGCCUUGUGCCGGAGGAGGCCGAGGCCACUUCACAGGACGGCAUCCUCACGACUGACAGCCGCUAUGAGAACUUCCUGAACGUGAGCACUAUGGAAGCCACGCCCACCUCAGACAGCAAGCUCCACAGGGUCUUAACUCUCAUCCAUGUUCGGAACGAGAUCACAACCACAGUCCCAAAGCAGAAGACAACAAGCAAUCUGUCUGCAAUGCCUGCCUCCUCCACCUCCAGUCCCUCUGGAGCUGGGCGACGCACGAGCACCACCUCCUCAACUCCAGCUCUCAACACCACCCAUGGCAUUCAACACAGCAUCAGCAACCUGCAGACCACGGCAUCAACAUCAGAGGAGACCAUCCACCAAACCACUCAGCCACUGUUUAACGAGGCGAGUAACAGCAGUCCCCAGUCCCGGGUGGGAAUGGUAGGAGGUGUGGAGAGGGAACAGAAGACAGUGGUACCACUGGCUGUGGUGUCCACCCUUACUGCCAUCUGUCUGCUGGUACUGGUGGGAAUUCUCAUCUAUUGGAGAAGGUGCUUUCAGGCAGCACAUUUUUAUGUGGAGGACAAUGUAUCUCCCAAAGUCAUAAGAGCUCCAUCAACACCUCUGCUACUUGCUACAGAGGAACACGGCUCCCUUCCAGUGAAAGACUUUGUGAGGCAUGUUGUAGACCUCCACUCCAGCAACACCUUCUCCAAGGAGUUUGAGAUCUUGAAAGAGUCGUACGAGGAGAUUCAGUCCUGCAUCGUGGACGUGGGCAUUACAACGGACAGUUCAACCCACCCCGACAACAAAAACAAGAACAGAUACAUCAACAUCCUGGCCUAUGAUCAUAGUCGAGUUAAGCUUUCCCAUGAUCUAGAGAAAGAUGGAAAUACCGGAGACUACAUAAAUGCCAAUUACGUGGACGGCUACAAACACCCGAAGGCGUACAUAGCAGCCCAGGGUCCGGUGAAGGCAAGCCUGGAGGACUUCUGGAGGAUGGUGUGGGAGCAAAACGUUGGCAUCAUCGUUAUGAUCACCAACCUAGUGGAGAAAGGCCGGAGGAAAUGUGACCAGUACUGGCCUGUGGAGAACCAGGAAGAGUAUGGAAGCUUCCUGGUCACACUGAAAAGUAUAAAAACCUUGGCCUACUUUACCAGGAGGACCUUCACCUUGAGAAACAUCAACAUGAAAAAGAGCUCUCAGAAGAUGCGCAGUCUGGAGAGGACAGUGGUUCAGUACCAUUACACUCAGUGGCCAGACAUGGGUGUCCCAGAGUACACACUGCCAGUAUUGUCCUUCAUCCAGAAGUCGUCCCAGGCUCGGACUCCUGACUCAGGCCCCGUGGUGGUGCACUGCAGUGCUGGUGUAGGACGGACAGGAACCUAUAUUGUCAUAGACAGCAUGCUCAAACAGAUGAAGGCUGAAGGAACAGUGAACAUCAUGGGCUUUCUCAAGCACAUUCGAACCCAGAGGAACUACCUGGUGCAGACAGAGGAACAAUACAUUUUUAUCCACGAUGUCCUAGUAGAGGCCAUUAAGAAUAAAGAGACACAGGUGUCAUCCAGCCACAUUCAUGCCUACGUUUCCGACCUUCUGACCCCUGGACCAACCGGCAAGACUUGUUUGGAGAAACAGUUCGAGCUAGUCAGUCAGAACUGUGUGAAACAGAGUGACUACGCAACCGCUCUGAAGGACAGCAACAUACCAAAGAACAGGAGUUCUGCUCUGCUGCCUGUGGAGCGGUCCAGAGUGCACCUGCCCAGUACGGUAGGAGACUCUUCAGACUACAUCAACGCCUCAUACAUCAUGGGCUACUCUCAAAGCUGUGAAUUCAUCAUUACUCAGAGCCCUUUGCUCAACACUGUGCAAGACUUCUGGAAGAUGGUGUGGGACCACAACACUCAGAUCGUCAUCGCUCUGCCAGACCCACAGACCCAGGAGGGGGACUGUGUGUACUGGCCCAACAAAGAACAGCCCAUCACCUAUGAGAACUUUACGGUGACGUUCCGAGGGGAGGAUCGAGUGUGUCUGUCUUAUGAUGAGCCACUGGUGGUGCAUGACUUCAUUUUGGAGGCCUUAAAAGACGACCACAUGCUGGAGGUACGCUGCUUCCAGGCUCCUCAUUGGCUAAACCCAGACAGCCCCGUCAGCAAAACCUUCGAGCUGGUCCACAUCAUCAGAGAAGAGAGUGACCACCGAGAGGGAACCAUCAUAGUUCACGACAGGUAUGGAGGAUCCAGUGCUGGGAUCCUGUGUUCCCUGAUCACCCUGGUUAACCAGCUUGAGGAGGAGAACAGUAUAGACGUCUAUCAGACCGCGAGGAUGACCAACCUACUGAGGCCCGGAGUCUUCGGUGAUAUUGAGCAGUUCCGGUUCCUUUACACAGCUAUACUGAGCUUGGUAAGCACCAGGGAGGAUGAGAAGGUUCUUCGCUCCACAGAGAACAACGGCACCAUCUCAGGCGGCUCAGCCAAAAUCACAGAAAGCCUGGAGUCCCUUAUGUGACCAUAUAAUGCCCAUGUUUGGAGCUUUUUAUGUGACUACGUAAUGCCCACGUCUGGAGGGUAACACUUGUAAUGCUGUAAAUUGCCAUUGUUUACAUCAAGAGUGAUGGCUUCUGCAUUCACACCUUCCUAAAGUCUCCAGCAUGGGCCGCUUGAGGGCAGAGUGUGAUUCGAUCUUAAAUUGUGCCUUUCUGUAUAACUUAUAAUUUACAGUGCUUUGAUAUGUUAUUGUUGGAACUAAUGCCAAAAUUUUUACUCUUUUGAAAAGUUGACUGCUCUAUUGAUAUUGAUGUCUUCUUUUUUUUUAGUUUAGCUUGUUAAAAGGUAAUAUUUAUACGUAAUUGGUGAAGUGUUUAAAAUCCAAUUCUGUAUCCAUUUUCUGAGGAAGCUCUAGAUUUGAAAAACGUUUCUCUAAGCAAGCGUAGCUGACAUACUGUUACACAAAGACCUCUCUAGAAUGUACGACUGAUCACUGACCACAUCAACAGACCAAACCCCAGCUGUUGGGAUACAUUUUCUGUUUUAGUACUUUUAUUUUAAAGUCAUCAUUUAACAGCUUUAUAAUUUAUAUGUUUAAAGUAACUGACAGUCCUGUUUUUUUUUUAAAGCACUGAGACAAGUCUGUCAGUUCUUAGCAUUUACUUCCUGCAGAUGUAAAGCAACCAUGAGUCUCAGUACUCGGUACUUGUAGGUCUGUUUCUGUUCCUAUUGCUGUCCAUGAACUUCGUUUAGGGUCAUUUUGUUUCAUUCAGUAAACCAUGAAGGAACAUGAAGGAAGACCACCCACCCAUAAACUGCUCAUUGUCAUGUGGAAUAUGUAUUUCAUAUCUACAUAACUUUUUAAAAUCUACACAGUAAUUUAGUUCCUUGAGAGAACUAUACGUUCUUGAACGAGACUUAGACCAUUGUUAAGGGAUAGACAAAACAGAUAUGUAGAAAUAAUCCAUUAACAUUCUAUUUUCCCUUUACGUAAAAUAGAGCAAACCUCUUCUUUGUUUGAUGGUUUCAUUUCUGCUUGUAGUUGAUUUUAUGUAAAAGUUACAUAACUGUGUAAUGUGAUGAUUGUACUGAGACAAAAUUAUAAAUGCAAAGAUUUUUAACUGUACAUACGCUAACUCUAAAGUAUAAAAUCCCAAACUUUUUUAUCGUCA